AUGACAAAAUUCUACGUAGGAAAAGCUGCUUUGGAGAAAUUUUACAUUGAUGAGCAAGGAGAAGCGGCCAAAACGACGCCGGAUCCUUUGAUCCGGCUCUUGGACGCCAUCGGGAUCGAUCCCAUCGCGAGCCGGCACAACUGCCUGUGUUGGUCUGUUACGCAAAGGACGAUUAUGGACGGCAAACUGCGGCGAUUCAACUUGCGUUUUAGGAGUUCGCGUCGGAGAGGGUUCGUCGUGGUAUCCCGCUGGUAUCCGGGCAACUUCGCCUCAUUCCUUGAAUGCACAAGAAUGCGCGAGGAUUGCCAGAGAUGGUGGCCAGAUAUUCGCUCGUUUUCCAUCGCCGACGACAACAUUUUCGGUUUCUGCCUUCACUCCGAUGGAAUUGCUCUCUCACCGGGUCACAUCGUGAAAACGAUGAAUACAACGUCCUCUGAGGACAAGGAAAAUGCGUCAAACGCAACAGCGAAGAAUCUCGCAUCAGAGCUGAUUGUACAGAAUCGGCAGUACCUCAAAUCGAGAAGCUUCCGCGAUAAUGCGGCAGUUAUUGUGGUGCUUGAUAAGCAGUACAAUGAUCGAUAA